AGGAACAAGCAAGAGAAGUUGCCUCACGACGAAAUCGCGCAGACCGAGCACGCAACGAAACGAUCCCAGCUCGCUUCGCCUUCGCUAGCUGACUCGCCGCUCGCCGCUCGCCGCCGGGAUGUUUCUGGUGGAUUGGUUCUUCGACGCUCUGGCGUAUUUGGGGAUGUGGCAGAAGGACGCCAAGAUCCUGUUCCUAGGCCUCGACAACGCCGGCAAGACAACCCUCCUCCAGAUGCUCAAGGACGAGAGGCUGGCGCAGCAUCAGCCGACGCAGCACCCGACGUCCGAGGAGCUGAGCAUCGGGAAGAUCAGGUUCAAGGCGUUCGACCUCGGCGGUCACGAGUUCGCGCGACGUGUCUGGAAGGACUACUUCGCCAAGGUUGAUGCCGUCGUGUACCUGGUGGACGCUGCUGAUGGCGAUCGGUUCAGCGAGACGAAGAAGGAGCUGGACGCCCUCCUCUCGGCCGAGGCGCUUUUCGGCGUGCCGUUCCUCGUGCUGGGCAACAAGAUCGACGUCUCAACCGCAUUAUCUGAGCACGAACUACGCUACCAUCUCGGGCUGCAGUACUACACCACCGGCAAAGGCAACGUCGAUCUCUCCGGCAACGGCAUGCGGCCCCUCGAGAUCUUCAUGUGCAGCGUGGUCCGGAAGAUGGGCUACGGCGACGGCUUCAGAUGGAUGUCGCAGUACAUCAAAUAGAGAGACUGGGGAAGGGAAAAGGCAUCUCUGGUUUUCUUGCGACGCUACCUAUGUACAAGAACUAGGCUGUAGCCUAGUGGCAAGGGAGCGCAGUGGCGUCUCCAGCAACCAGGGUUUGAUCCACGUCGGGGAAGAAUUUCUGGUUUCUCAUGAGGGAUGCUUCUUCUAUAUCAAUAAAACCAUGGGUGCUAGUGUCCAUGGAGUUUCAUUUUUUUUUUCUAUGUACAUUCGAGUUUCCAUGGCCAUUCAACAUGAUUGCUAGUUAGUUUCGCUUA